AUGACUGGCUUGACGCCAUCGCGCACGGUGCACAUAGGCAUGGCUGUUCAGGUUAUACGGUGGUGGCAAAGACGAACACUAUACGCGUACACGGACGAGGAGGAUGAGGAAAAAGAAGAAGAGCGAGCGAUAAUGCAAGAGUCGAUUGAAGAGAAUAAUGUGUUUAAGGGUGUAAGCGCGAGGGCCGAGUUGAAUGAGGCAUUGGAGGCAGUGACGUUGAAAAGCUGUGUGGAGUCGGUGGCGUCAUGUUGUAUGGUGUGCUUUGACGAGUUUUCCGAUUGUUUGGAGGUGGCAGAUCAGCUUAUACGUAUGCCAUGUCAGCAUGUGUAUCACAAAGAUUGUAUUGUCCGCUGGCUGAAGGACAGUCACUUGUGCCGGCUGUGCCGCUUUCCCAUGCCACACUCUACGUCUUGA